UAAACAACGCACCUGCAAAGAUAUUAUCAAAAUGGCGCUAGCCGGUGUGACAGUAACGGUGGAACCAGUGUUGGAACACCAAAUACAAGAAGUGAAGCUUGAUGGACAGGAAGUAUACGUACCUCCGUUGUCUAUGUCAGAGAACCUCUCAAAACUAGCACAUAAGAUUGAUUUCUACAAAGAUGAGAGUGAGGGAAAGGGCAAGCCAACAUCAGAAGGAGAGAAAGAUGGAGAUGAGGAGAAAGUCCUGGCCCCAUUUCAACCAUCUCUGUGGCCCUGGGAUUCAGUCCGAAAUAAACUCAAAUCCUCCCUGACAGAGAUCAGUGUGUUGUUAGAUGUGCUCAACUUGGCCAAGGAGAAGCGGUACAUGGUAGCUGAAAAUGUCUCACAAGAAUCGCCAGAUCAGAAGGCUUCUUUACAACUUCUGUCCAAGAAGAAGAGUCUGAUAGAAGCCUCUGCGUGUCUUAUGAGAGGUGCCGACCGACUGAAGAAAUCUCAGAUUGAGGCAUCUAACAGAACCCAGAAUGACUUCCACAUUGAGCUGCUCAAAUUGCGACAGAACUGGAGGCUUAAACGUGUGGGGAACACCAUUUUUGGAGACCUGAGUUAUAAAUCUGCUGGUUCCAGGUUCAUGCAGGCAGGGACGUUUGAGGUUGUGAAAAGUUCCGAGUCGACUUUAGAGCCGGAAGCUGGGGGUCCGAAGAGCUGCCUUGAGGUGCACAUCCCCAGUGAGCUGGAGGGCGUGGCCUACAUCCAGGUCGAGGUCAAGAGCGUCCCAGACAUGAUGGAUCUGACAUCGGCAACACUGAAGAUGCCAGCCGGCCUGGGCUCCGUCCCGUCCGACGCCUACUGGCAGCAGAAACUAGAAGUAGCACAGAACGUUCUGUUUUGUAAAGAACUAUUUGCUCAGUUAGCCAGAGAGGCUGUCCAGGUGAAGGGCACAUCCCCACAUAUGGUCAUCAGCAACCAGAUAAUAACCAACGUGUUCCCGGGUAUUCAGCUAUGCAUCGUGCUCUGUCAUUAUACAGGAAAAGAAAAGAAGAUGCCUCUGUCACCCCAGAAGCUGGAACACAACCAUGUCCUGGAGCACUCGCUGCACCAACUCCUGAGAGAGGUCCACUACCGCAACGUCAACCUCGACCCACCACACCCCAUGUAUGCCACGCUGGGCAUGACGAAGCGACGACGGAUGGCCGGACCCCAGGGCGUCACACGGGGAGAACUCAUACAGAUGGCUGCACGAUAUGGUCGAUCAAGUGACACCCUGUUGGAGCAGAUCAUCAAGCAGACCAAACAUGCUGUACUGCGAGUCAGAACAAUGCAUUUGAUAGAUGAACUUGCUGUGUCUAUUCAAGACCCCCAGAUCACAGCUCACUGGAACUGCCUGAACAACAGUCUGCAGUCCAGCGUCCGCAUCAACAUCACGUCGUAUGGCUAUGAGAGUGUCAGGACACACCUUAGCCUGGUGAUCGGAGUGGACUCCAUCCAGGUGAUACUGAAAGAUGGGCGGACAUGUACGCUGUCAUUCGAAGACAAGGAGCUGAAGGACCUCAUCCACUGGCAGGUGUCGCAGUUCCAUGUCCUGGUGGUGCAGCAACUGGUCAAGUUCCAGGGCUGGCUGCUCCUGUCUCUCAGUGGCGGCAUCGGCUCCGGAGACAUGGAGACAUUCGGCACCGCAGCCUCCAUCAUGUUUGCCUCUCCCAAGGGAGACAGAGUCCUUGCCUUGAAGAGUGGCCCAUCAAGUGGACUGACCCUGUCCAUGAAGAACCUUGACCCCUGCGAGUACAACAAGUCCUCUCCAGUCACUGACCCCAAGUGGUUCAACCUCGGCGGGCAGUUUAAAGCUAUCAAUCUGGACAGACUAGAAGGGAGGAACUUUGCAAGCAAGAUGGACAUGUUAAUGGCCAAACUGACCUCGGGAUGAACUCUUGUAUUGUCAAACUGGUAAAAGCUUAUGAACUGGGUACUGCUAAACAGUACACUUUUGAGAGAUGGAAAUAAUGGACUUAAUACCAUUUAAAUAGUGUCCUACAAUCUUCAUCCAAUGUGAAAGUGUAGAGGAUUCAGACCUGACAGGAUGAUGAUGGAGAUUCAGAAGAGGAAGAAACAAGAAGUCGGAAGUUGCUGAAAGAUUUGUAACCUUGGAGAGAUUUCAUUGUCAAGGUCAAGGUCACAUGCAAUGUUUCUGCUGUGAUGUGCAUGGGUCAAGGUCAAAGCCCAUCUAUGUGGUUAGAUACAUCAAAUGUGUGACCAAACUCUCCUGGCAUUGUCGCACCAAGGUGAAGGUCGUUAUGUGACCAUUUUUCAAAUGGCUGGAUAUGCUGUCAUGACUCUUGACAUGGUCAUGGUUAAUGUGAACCACCAGUGUUAGGAACAUCCCAAGGACGUGACUGUGAUGUGAAACAUCUCACUUUGUAUGGUUUUCUGACAGUUUCGUCAAAGAUUGACGUGACAAUGGACAUUUGUUUCAUGACUGUCACCAGAAGAAUCAUUCAUGUGUUGAUCAAUGUCAUUUCGUGCAUUGUGACAUUUCAUAAACUUUGUAUAUUUUGUACCCAUUGAACACGUUGAAUCAUUAAGUGAGUAUGCACAAAGUACUCGUGUAAUGGUGUAUCAUUUCAUUGGCAUGGUCUCUGAAAGUCAGUGAAACUGAAUAAACGAAAAUCAAAA